CAUCAACACUUCCCCUACCAGGAGCAGAGUAGGAAGAGCCAGAGAAAGAAGAGUCCAGAAUCUGGGAAAAAGCAAAAGCAGCCGAAAUGAGCGGAGCCACGACGGCGGCGUAUUUUGCUCGAAGAGCAGCUCAGAAAGAGAGGGUUAGGAUUCUCUACCGCCGUGCCCUCAAAGAUACCCUCAAUUGGGCCGUCCAUCGCCACCUCUUCUAUCAAGAUGCCUCUGAUCUUCGCGAAAAAUUCGAAGCCAACAAGCAUGUGGAAGAUCUUGACACAAUCGACAAAAUGAUAGCUGCAGGUGAAGCAACCUAUAAUAAGUGGCGGCAUCCUGAUCCUUAUAUUGUUCCUUGGGCUCCUGGUGGUUCCAAGUUCACUCGAAACCCUGUCCCACCAUCUGGGAUUGAGAUUUUAUAUGAUUAUGGUAAAGAAGAAAAUGAUUAAAACAUGAUCUUUUCUACCCCAACAAAUAAAGGUCUAGAGACUCCUUGGGGGAUCAAAUGGCAGCAACUCUUAUUCAUCCCAGUGAAAAGUGAUGAAGCUUUAAUAACAUUAAUGUUGAUGCUCCUUUUGACUUAAUUGUUGUGUCUGGUUUAUGAUAUGAGAUCAUUGCUCAGAUUGAAAGUACCAAAUGGUUGUUGACAUUUGCAUAGUAAUACUAUGAUCAUGAAUCCUUUUUUGUCAAAA